AUUCUGAAAAAGUUUUGAGUUUUAUUGUAUUUUGAAAGAUUUUAAAUUAUUAAAGAAUAUGAGAUCAUGCCUAAGAAUAAUUCCUUUCUUUUACUAUUUCAUAUUUUCUAACACUCAGAUAAUGCAUCAAUACUCAAUAUGAUUGAUGAGUUGGUUCUUUUCUGGUUCACAGCCCAAACCAACAACAGCAACACCUGGGCCUGCUGAAAGCCCUGCAGAUGUUUUGAUCUCUUCUGCUCCACCAAAGAAGAUUAUUGAUAUAAACCAGCCUCAAACUUGCAAAAAUAAAGGAUGUGGUAAAGUUUUCAAAGAAAAGGAUAAUCAUGACAUCGCAUGCAGUUACCAUCCUGGACCUGCAGUUUUCCAUGAUAGAAUCAGAGAGGAGCAAGAUUGGAAGUGCUGUGACAUUCAUGUGAAGGAAUUUGAGGAGUUUAUGGGCAUCCCACCGUGCACAAAGGGAUGGCACAAUACUGAUCCAGUGUAUUAAGCCAGCAUACAUGAGCAAGGAUAAGUUUUCUUGCUUGCUUGAAGUCUCUUUUUCCUUUCCCUUUUUCAAUUUCCUUAGUGGGGUGUGGAAUUCUCUAAACCAAACCAUAUAGAGUACUAUGCCCAAAAAAGACCAAAGUAAGUACCUUUCCAGCUUCCCCAAUGCAUUUCUUGCAUUUGUGGAGUGCUGGUUGAUUGUGUUGUACUAUUAUCAUUCAUGUUGGGAACAUUAUUUUAAAGGU